CACGAAUACGAACAAAAUAGGUGCGGUCGUUCAAUCUACUUACGAUGUUUCUAAAGAUCAAUCUACCUUACCAGCGCUUCUCUUGGUACCCACUGCUCUCGCAACUAGGACGUGAAUAGGACAAGAAUUCAGCAAUUUUGGAAUUUGACAAUCAACAACAAGUUUCCUAUUAGCAUCUUCGCGUUCGCGAGAGACGCACAGAUAUCGAAGAUGGCUACUGCGCAGCAAUAUCGUAAAUGGCUCAUGCUGAGCGCCCUUGUGUGGGCUUUGUUGGGAUGCUUUCAGGGUUUGGCGAUCUCUGGCUUCGAGAAUAAGAAGAUGGGAAAGGCCGCCUACCACCUGGUACGCCAUUUCAGCGAGUUGCUUUUGGGCUGCGCGCUGGCUUUUCCCUACACGUCGCUGUCCGCGACGAAGCAGAAGUUAAGAGAAGAUAAAGUUGUGAUUAGUAGUUGUACCUGAUCUUGUAGCAGGUUUAUUUUUACAGAACGAAACUCUUGUCCGUGUUUGUCAUAAAAAUCGUUUUUUUAUUGUGCUAUAGUUCAUUCUGAGUCAUAAUUCGAUUCAAUAGCACUCCUCGGCGUUGUACUAAGUACUUUCUGCAAUGAAUAGUGUGUCAUGAAGAUGAACAUGAUUCACAAGAACCUUCGCUAACUUGCAUUGCCUUCGUGUGCUUGCAGAUUGCGCCGCUGAGCAACUUCGCUUCGUACAUGAUCAUUGCCAUUACGAACUGCCCGAAUCCGUUGUUCGCGAACUCUCCGGAACUUGUUGCGCCAGGCUCAGGCGAAGGGAAUAUCUGGACUGCACUUUAUGAGACGAAAGAAGUUAUACUUUUUUCUGUGUACUGUUUAGUUGCGUUAGUUUUCGAUUUCGCCUAAAAGUCACUUUUUUUGUAAAAGGUCUCUAUUGUCCAAUGGGUGCUUGUUAAGAAGAGUAGUUGUUAGAGUAAUGGAAAAGCAAAAGAUGACAUGUACAACAAGACAUUUACAAUGUCAGAGAAUCGGUGAAAACCAUUGGAUACGAUAGGCACUAGCUACUCUUUCUGUCAGACGUUGUAGAGGAUGGUCACACUUCUAAUGUUUUUCGACCUUCGGUCUGCAAGGUGUGACGGCCUUCGUUACAGUCGUGGGUCUGGGGCUUUUGAUCUACGGCGUGGCUGAGGCUGACCCUGAAGUUGGAGAGCAGGCUGCAGAGGUAGUGGCUGCCCCAAAGAGAGGCAAGACACCGAUGAAGAAAAGCAAGUAAGUAAUAGUUGCAUUGUAAUAGUUUGACUUCACUGUGGUAGUGCUGUCAAUGACCGACGAGGGUGAUCUGAAAAGGGCCUUCGAGGAUCGUUUCUUCAUCACUAUGAUUGACGGUUUGAAUGAAUACAAGCAAUGGAUUCUGACGACUGGAAAGACAUUUGUUAAUGACAGAAUAGAAGGUAAUCUACUUCCACCAAGGGCCUUCGAAUUUUUGAGGUACAGUAGCAGAAGUUGUAAAGGGUAGUCUAACUUUCAUGACACAACUCGAUGUUUGCAUGAUAUUCAUACUGUAUUUUUCCCAUACAUCAGUAUUCAAGUUCAAAAGUUUUAUUGUCUUUCUAUCAUGGAGAAAGUUCUGAUGUGGAGGGUGCAGUUGAGCAAGUUCUGUGAAAGCUGUAAAAAGAGAAAUGUUGAUGAAGCUGGCGUCCAACACACCUCGACAAUGUCCAUGCUCUCUCUUUUACCCAGUAAGCACUCAAAGCAUGAUGAAGGAAAACUCACAGUGACCACAUAUGACCACGAGUGGUAACCCAAAACGGUUAUAAUGUGUCCCUCCCAAACCUAGAAGAGGUUCAUAGAUCGUAAACGAAACGUUAGAACAAGAUCAUUUUGGCCAGAGCCCUACGGUUAGUUCUGUG